GCUCUACUCUACACUUCCACCAUCACAACCUCCUCUCUGAACCACCAUUGACUUUCCAAAGUCAAACCCACCUUCAACCUGCAGUAUAGUGCUAUCUCACAAGAUAUGGAUACUGCUUGUGUUUCAGAACAAAACACAGUCAUCCAUGAGCUGACUCAAGGGAUACAAAUGGCUAAGCAGCUAAGAUCCAAUCUGAACUCACCUCAAGUCAGAGACUUCUUGAUACACAAUAUCUUAUCUUCAUAUGAUAAAAUUCUCUUGGUUCUUAAAUCUGCUGACUCUGCUGGACCUCCGACCCCUGGUCUGCUCGACUCACCGAUAUCCGGAGGGAGCCUACAAAGUGGAGGAUUCGAGUUUGGCCAACUCGUUGAUGAUCAGCUGGGCCAAAAUGUCGUUUCCAGAAAGAGAAAGGCGUCGACAGAAUGGGAAGAUCAAGUUAGAAUCAGCACUGACGACGGGCUAGAGGGUAAAACCGAUGAUGGUUACAAUUGGAGGAAGUAUGGGCAGAAACUCAUUUUAGGUUCCAAAUAUCCAAGAAGUUAUUAUAGAUGCACAUACCGGAAGGCUAAGAACUGCUUGGCAACAAAACAAGUGCAGAGAACAGAUGAAGUCCCUGCAGUAUUUGAGAUUGCAUACAAAGGGAAACACACCUGCAACCAUGGCCCCACCCAGUCGGCAGCACCAUCACCAGCUUCGCCUGAAAAACAUGAAAUAGAGCCACCCCACCACUACCACCACCACCACCACCACCACCACCACCAAUCAUCACCAAAUCCCAGUGAGGUGCUCUCAGAUUUCAAAGCCAACCUCAGUGUUAACACUACUGACUUGGGUGCCACUGAUCCAUCGUCAUUUUCCUUCUCUCCAACACCAUUUGGAAUCUUAGAAAGUUGCCAGGAACUUCUUUUUCCAAAUCAUUUCGAUGAUGAACUCUUGCAAGGCUAUUCACCACCGUUCAUCUCUCCGGCCACCUCUGAAUUAAACUUAUUCUCAGACUGGAACAGCUUACCAAUGAUGGAUUUCCCAACUGAUCCGGAAGAUACAUUCUCGAAUUACAAAUUUAGUAACUCGUAUCUUCUAGAAGGAUGCAGCCUUAGAUAACCCUCAAGAACUAUAGAUAUUUGAAUAAUUCAAGAUAAGAAUUCUGCAUCAGUAGAAUUCAAGAUUGAUGAUCAUGUUUGUAACAUAUAUUAGUGUAAGAUUUUGUAGCCAAGGAACAUCUAAAGUUAUGUAUGAAUAUCAAAUAUCAAUUUUUUGCCAGUGAAAAAGAUGGUACGUGAUCGAAC